AUGGAAUCUCAGUCUCAAUUUCAGUGUUCAGCGCCGUGCAAGCAUGAUCGUAUUCAUCUCGACGACACAGCACGGGGCCGUACUAGUGAAUUCAAGCGGCCGACGAAGAACCAACGUCUCAAGGAUGCUUCUACGAAUGGUGUAUUGCCCAGUACAACACGAUGGCCGUACGUAACAGGUCCAGCCAUGUUCAAUGACCCAAAUACCUUUCCUGCGCCGCUCUUACUGGCUGGUUAUUAUCUGGAUCUUGACCCCAAGCAAACGCCCCAAACCGUCAAGGACUGGCUCGAAGCUGAGUACCGAAAUCCCGUCACAACCCAACGGCAAAGCAUCUACCUGGUGGGCAGUCCAAGCAUCGGCGGCAACCUGGCACAAAUGACAGACUGGUCCUUGCCCAUGUCUCUCCAUGAAGGAGACAAGGAGCAAGUGACACUUGCCUGGCCGAAACUCGAAAAGCUUCAGGAUUAUGUGUCGGCAUUUUACCAUGGCAUGGAGGUGAAAACGUUGACAGACACAUUUUCGUGGCAACCAUUCGAUCACAACAAAGCCCAAAAGAAAACACAUUCAUCCCGGUAUGCACAUCCCAAAGAGCAACUGGUUGGAUUAAAGAGUCCACAUCAGAUAGUUGGCGUCCGAUGCCGUCCUUCACCAGAUGGUGUGUCCAGGAUGCAGGUGAAUCUUCAAGAUAUUGUUGGUGCAUUGAUGCCGAAUAUUCCUGAGAAUGCAUACGCCAUGCUCAUGCUACUCAACCUCGACAUGUACGAGGAUGAGGACGAAAUAUUUACGAGCGGGAGAGCGUAUGGAAGUAGUCGGGUAGCUGUUGUGUCCAGCUUUCGAGACAACCCUCUGCUCUCUUCAGACGAUGGUCAACACAGGUGGCCUGCAUCACACUGCGCUUUCUUCACUGAGGGCAAAACCUCUCAGAAACACCAGAUGCCUAGGACUCAUCCUAAAACACGCGGUGGGAAUGCUUCUCUACCGUCGUGGGGUCCAAUACACUCUGCGGUACGCGACGCAGCAACACAUCAAUAUGCAUUCGACCUGACUAAUCAUGCAAAUGACGAACAUCACCACGUCGAAUGGCUCUCGCGCACCGCUCAAACAGUCACCCAUGAACUUGGCCACUGUUUGGGCAUCGGUCACUGCCCAUACUUUGCUUGCGUGAUGCAGGGCUGUGCGUCAAGCGAUGAGGCUAUCCGCCAGCCCCCAUACUUGUGUCCCAUAUGUCUUGAAAAAGUGAGCUUGGCUUUGUUUCAACAUGAAAACUUGGCGGGGACUAUUGACACAAAUGAGUUGAAUGGCCAUCACCCAAGACAGGUUUAUGUACGCCGUAGAUACGCAGCGCUGCUGGCUGUAUGCGAGAGAUGGGCAAAGGCGGACUCAUCAAGUUCAAUGUUUGUCGGGCUCAAGGCAUGGCUAGAACUAGUUCUCACUAGUAGUAUGCUUGUUCCGGCUGAGUAA